CCCGCCUUUGUCCGCUCCUGCAUCCCACUCUCGGCGCCAAGCGAAGUGAGCACAUUUGAGCAACAAAAGUCCUUCCGUCUUUGCGAUGGCUCUACACAUGCAGGGCCCGCAGCCGGGGUAGCUCACGCCACAAUUAGUUUGAUUGGUGCCGGUGGAGCUAUGGGACAUCGAGACUGCUUGCUUGCAGCUGCACGACCACAUCCGCGGCCCUGGGAAGGGUAUUACAAGCGAGUUCUUGUCCUAGCGGUGCUACUGUGACGGAAUUUCGGCAGCUAUAUUGCUGGAGCAGACGCCUUCCAAGGUUGGGCUAUUCAGGCCCGCGGAAAGAGCUAUAAAGCGCUGUGGGGUGCCCGCAAGAAGCUUCCUGCAGCCGGGUACUUUGCGCAUCCUUUCCAAUCGCACAAUCCAACCCUCUACUCGUAACAACCUUCGAUUAAAAGACUGAACGCGUGCAAUUGGCCCUCAACACAGCAACAAUGCUCUCCACCAUCGCCCUCCUCCCCUUCCUCGGCCUCGCCGCCGCCCACUUCAGACUGCUCGAGCCCACCUGGCGCGGCGACUCCUUCGCCGACGGCGCCUCGCAAUGGCUAUGGCCUUGCGCCAACGUCUCCGAAACCACCGACAUCGCCAACCGCACGCAAUGGCCGCUCACCGGCGGCAGCCUCGUCAUCAACGGCUCGCACCCCUGGGCCCUGACCUACGUGAACCUCGGCCUCAGCACCAACGUGACCAACUUCAACAUCAGCCUCGUGGAUAACUUCAACCAGACGGGCAAGGGCGUGCUGUGCUUGAAGGAGACGGGGCGCGCGGCGCUCGAGGAGGGGCUGAGAGAGAGUAAUAUUAGCGUUGAGAGCUUGGACGGGAUGCAGGCUAGUGUCCAGGUUAUUCAGAUUAGUCAUUCCGGCGCGAGUCUUUAUAAUUGCGCGGAUAUCACGUUCAACGCCUCGGCCGCGCUGCUCAGCGACGACGAGUGCAAGAACGGCACGGGCGUCGCGGGCGGGCCGGUCCAGAAUGCGGAUUCGGCGCCCACCCCCACGGGUUCUGCGGGGCCGAGCGAGAGUACGGGGGCCGCGGUGGCGAUGAUGCCGGGUUUGGGAGGCGGAGUGCUUGCGGGGAUGGUUGCUUGGGCGCUGUUGUAG